GGACACAUUGUUCCUGUUUUUUAUUUUAAAAUUAUGAGGUAUUUAGAGGCUCAUGGGUAUUUAAAUAAGUCUGCUAAAGUACAAAAAAAAAACUAAGGACUCUAAGUAAGAAAUAGCUCUUCGUCUAGGGUUUGUUGCAGUCGGAAAAGACAAGCCUUUGAGGAAGCAGCCAUGGCGAGCGGCGGUGGGCAAAGGGUGCUGUCGACGAAGGAGGCCGACAUUCAGAUGAUGUUGGCAUCUGAAGUUCACCUAGGCACUAAAAACUGCGAUUUUCAGAUGGAGCGCUACGCUUUCAAGCGCCGCAACGAUGGAAUUUUUAUAAUCAAUGUUGGGAAAACGUGGGAAAAGCUUCAAAUGGCUGCAAGGGUUAUCGUAGCUAUCGAGAAUCCCCAGGACAUCAUUGUCCAGUCGGCCAGACCAUAUGGUCAGAGGGCCGUGCUAAAAUUUGCCCAGUAUACUGGCACUCAGGCAAUUGCAGGACGACACACCCCAGGAACUUUCACUAACCAGCUUCAGACAUCGUUCAGUGAGCCGAGGCUCCUCAUUCUUACUGAUCCGAGAACUGAUCACCAGCCUAUUAAGGAAGGUGCUUUGUCUAGCAUCCCUAUCAUUGCCUUCUGCGAUACAGAUUCCCCUAUGCGCUACGUUGAUAUUGGUAUCCCGGCCAAUAAUAAGGGGAAGCACAGCAUUGGCUGCCUGUUCUGGCUGUUGGCCAGGAUGGUGUUGCAGAUGCGUGGAGUAAUUGCUCCAGGACACAAAUGGGAAGUCAUGGUUGAUCUGUUUUUCUAUAGGGAUCCUGAGGAGGCUAAAGCAGAAGAGCUCGAGGAGGUUCUAGCUCUCCCUGAUUACGGUGAUUAUAAUGCAGCUGCAGGUGGUGAUUGGUCCAGUGCCCAAAUUCCUGAUUCCCAAUGGGCACCUGAUGCCACUGGUACAAUUCCUCCUGUCGCAAGUGGUUGGACUGCUGAUGCAGGUGUCGGAGGCGAUGGAUGGGAUGCAGCAGCUGCGCCGCCAGCAGAAGCAGCAGCUGCCCCCGUCGAUGUUGUUCCUGGUGUUGCUCCCGCAGUUGUUCCGACUGGCUGGGAAUAGACAGUAUCCAGUUUGAUGUUUUUCUUUUCAAUGCAAUUUCUCUUAUCCUGGUGUUUAAAAUUUUGUAGUAUGGUUUAGAGACAUCAGGUCUUAAGGUUAAUUUAAGUCUGAAUUUUAUUUGCUUGAUGCUCUUGCUCAUGACUAAUAUCAAAUGAACACUUCUAAUGAAAGAAAAGGAGUGGUGUCGUUAUUCAACAUUUA